GCGGGGGCCCCCUUGAAACCGACUAAUUGGGAUCGGAGAGGCCGAGGUGAGGGCUGAAGGAGGCACAAAGGAGUUGCUGGGUGGACCAGGGAGGGGAGAAAGGAAGCCCAGGGGCUAGAGGAGGAGAAAGAGGAGAGCGGACAGCGGCGCGCGGGGUCUCUGGCCGCUCAGUCCGACCGCGGCGAGCCAGCAGGCGGGUGCGCUGCCCCCUCCCCCGCCCGGCCUCCCCAACUCUGAGGCUGCGAGUAAAGUUUGCUCUGAGGCGCGGGAGGCGGCAGCCGCAGCUGGGCGGCCGCGGGGAAGGCGCGCGGUCUCGGGGUUGGGGGCGGGGGCUGGGGGGCGCUCCGGAGCCGAGUAGGGGGCGGCGGCCAGCAUGCGGCCCCUCAGCGCCCUGCCCCGCCUGCUGCUGCCGCUGCUGCUGCUACUGCCCGCCGCGGGGCCGGCCCAGUUCCAUGGCGAGAAGGGCAUCUCCAUCCCGGACCACGGCUUCUGCCAGCCCAUCUCCAUCCCGCUGUGCACGGACAUCGCCUACAACCAGACCAUCAUGCCCAACCUUCUGGGCCAUACGAACCAGGAGGACGCGGGCCUGGAGGUGCAUCAGUUCUACCCGUUGGUGAAGGUGCAGUGCUCGCCCGAGCUACGCUUCUUCCUGUGCUCCAUGUACGCCCCUGUGUGCACCGUGCUGGAGCAGGCCAUCCCUCCGUGCCGUUCCAUCUGCGAGCGCGCGCGCCAAGGCUGCGAGGCGCUCAUGAACAAGUUCGGGUUCCAGUGGCCGGAGCGCCUCCGCUGCGAGCAUUUCCCGCGUCACGGCGCGGAGCAGAUCUGCGUAGGUCAGAAUCACUCCGAGGACGGGGCGCCUGCGCUGCUCACCACCGCGCCGCCGCCGGGGCUGCAGCCUGGCGCGGGGGGCACCCCGGGCGGCCCUGGCGGUGGCGGCGCGCCCCCGCGCUACGCCACGCUGGAGCACCCCUUCCACUGUCCGCGCGUCCUCAAGGUGCCGUCCUAUCUCAGCUACAAGUUCCUGGGUGAACGCGAUUGUGCGGCGCCCUGCGAGCCCGCACGGCCCGACGGCUCCAUGUUCUUCUCGCAGGAGGAGACGCGCUUUGCGCGCCUCUGGAUCCUCACCUGGUCCGUGCUGUGCUGCGCCUCCACGUUCUUCACAGUCACUACAUAUUUAGUGGACAUGCAGCGCUUCCGCUACCCAGAGCGGCCCAUCAUCUUUCUCUCCGGCUGCUACACCAUGGUGUCGGUGGCCUACAUCGCGGGCUUCGUGCUCCAAGAGCGCGUGGUGUGCAACGAGCGUUUCUCGGAGGAUGGUUAUCGCACGGUGGUGCAGGGCACCAAGAAGGAGGGUUGCACCAUCCUCUUCAUGAUGCUCUACUUCUUUAGCAUGGCCAGCUCCAUCUGGUGGGUGAUCCUGUCGCUCACCUGGUUCCUUGCAGCGGGGAUGAAGUGGGGCCACGAGGCCAUCGAGGCCAAUUCCCAGUACUUCCACCUGGCCGCCUGGGCUGUGCCGGCCGUCAAAACCAUCACUAUCCUGGCUAUGGGCCAGAUCGACGGCGACCUGCUGAGCGGCGUGUGCUUCGUAGGCCUCAACAGCCUGGACCCGCUGCGGGGCUUCGUGCUGGCCCCACUCUUCGUGUACCUGUUCAUCGGCACCUCCUUCCUGCUGGCCGGCUUCGUGUCGCUCUUUCGCAUCCGUACCAUCAUGAAGCACGACGGCACCAAGACGGAGAAGUUGGAGCGGCUCAUGGUGCGCAUCGGUGUCUUCUCGGUGCUGUAUACGGUACCGGCCACCAUCGUCAUAGCCUGCUACUUCUACGAGCAGGCUUUCCGCGAGCACUGGGAGCGCUCGUGGGUGAGCCAGCACUGCAAGAGCCUGGCCAUCCCGUGCCCGGCGCACUACACCCCGCGCAUGUCGCCCGACUUCACCGUCUACAUGAUCAAAUACCUCAUGACGCUCAUCGUGGGCAUCACGUCGGGCUUCUGGAUCUGGUCCGGCAAGACGCUGCACUCGUGGAGGAAGUUCUACACGCGCCUCACCAACAGCCGGCAUGGCGAGACCACAGUGUGAAGUGGCCUCGCCAGAUGGGUCCCCCCCAAUUCCGGACCGCAUGGUGCCUGUCCUUUCACCCGGGAGAGGGGGUGCCCCAUGGACUCCUAUUUUAUUUUUUUAAAUAAAGAACAAUCAAAACCA